AUGGACCAAAUCAAAAUAAGGACUAAUGCGAAACUAAAUCUAUGUUUAUGGGUUUAUCAUUUGUCGUUAGAAAAUCAAAAACUUCAUCCGAUUCGAGGUAUAUUCCAAACAAUAUCGCUUCACGAUACGUUGAAUAUUCGUCUCUGUGAUGAAAAGCAGUGUAAAAUAAUUUGCAACUUGUCGGAAAUACCUUUAAAUCAAGACAAUGAUAUUACGAAAGCAUAUAAUAAGUUAAAGGACAGGUUGAAGAUUGGCAUUGAAGUUUGCGUUAAGAAAAGGAUACCAGUGGGAGCAGGUCUAGGAGGUGGGUGUAGUAAUGCGGCAGCCAUACUACAAUUCCUAAAUCGUUUCUGUGAACCAGAAUAUAGUAUUAGCGAGUUACAGAAGCUUGCAUCUGAAAUAGGAUCAGAUGUCCCGUAUUUUCUUGAAGGUGGCACAUGCUCUGUUACCAUUCGUUCCAGUGUAACUGUAACCCGUCUGCAUGAAAUGAAACCCAAAUGGUUUUUACUUAUUUAUCCGAACUUUAAAGCUUCAACUGCGCAUGUUUACAAAGAAUUUGACUAUCACGGAAAACAAGUACGAGAUUUAAAUGAUGUAUAUCCAAACUUGGAGGACAACUUUGGAGAAAAUGACCUUGUACCUCCUGUUUUUUAUCUGUAUCCCGAUCUACAAAAAAUGCACGAAGAAUUAUCGGACAUAGUAAACAGAGAAGUAUGUAUGACCGGUUCUGGAUCAACGUUGUACAUUCCUGUGAACGGAAAGACGGAAGCGGAGCAGUUGAAGAAGAUCGUCGAAGAUCAUAUUGAUGGCGUUUGGACACAUGUUGCACAGUCGGUCUCUGUCUCAAACGAUUAG